GGAGCUGCGGCUCUCAUCGGUUUUAUCUACACACCUGUAUGUGUGUGAUCGCAAGGAGUAUACCAGUGCUAUUCGAUUAGAUGAAAACUAGAAUCUCAAGAGUUCGAACAGAUAGGCUAUACGAUCCGUGAAAAGCGUGAUUCAUAGUCAGAAGGACAACCAUGGAUCCACUACUGUAUCUGGGUGGCUUGGUGGUUAUGUUUUUACUGUGGAUCAAAGUUAAAGGUUUAGAUUAUGUGAUCAUUCAUCAAAGAUGGAUCUUCGUGUGCUUGUUCCUUUUACCUCUAUCCGUCAUAUUUGAUAUGUAUUAUUAUGUACGCGCGUGGCUCAUAUUCAAGAUGUGCUCUGCGCCAAAACAGCACGACCAGCGUGUUCGGGACAUUCAGAGACAGGUGCGAGAGUGGAAGAAGGAGGGGGGGAAGUCUCACAUGUGUACCGGUCGUCCUGGUUGGCUCACGGUGUCUCUCAGAGUGGGCAAGUACAAGAAGACCCACAAGAACAUCAUGAUCAACAUGAUGGACAUUCUGGAGGUGGACACACAGCGUCAGGUCGUGCGUGUGGAACCUCUGGCUAACAUGGGUCAGGUGACUGCUCUCCUGACUUCCAUUGGCUGGACGCUGCCUGUGCUACCAGAGCUUGAUGACCUCACAGUGGGUGGAUUGGUGAUGGGUACAGGUAUAGAGUCUUCCUCUCAUAUCUAUGGAUUGUUCCAGCACAUCUGUGUGGCCUUCGAACUGGUUCUGGCAGAUGGCAGUUUGGUCCGCUGCACUGAGGAUGAGAACGCUGAUCUGUUCCACGCUGUUCCGUGGUCCUGUGGGACUCUGGGUUUCCUGGUUGCCGCGGAUAUAAAGAUCGUUCCGGCGCGGGCCUGGGUGAAGCUGCAGUACGAGCCCGUGCGCGGGCUGGAGAACAUCUGCAGGCGGUUCUCCGAAGCCUCGCAGAACAAGGAGAACACGUUUGUAGAAGGAUUGCAGUACUCUGUAGACACUGCGGUCAUCAUGACAGGAACCAUGACUGACGACGCGGAGUCUGACAAGAUAAACCGCAUCGGGCUGCACUUUAAGCCGUGGUUCUUCAAGCACGUACAGGGUUUCCUGUCUGAAGGGCGCACCGAUGUGGAGUACAUCCCUCUACGACAGUAUUACCACCGGCACACACGCAGCAUCUUCUGGGAAAUACAGGAUAUCAUCCCGUUCGGUAACAACCCAGUGUUCCGCUGGCUGUUUGGGUGGAUGGUUCCUCCUAAGAUCUCCCUGCUGAAGCUGACCCAGGGAGAAACCAUCCGCCGUCUGUACGAGCAGAACCACGUGGUCCAGGACAUGCUGGUCCCUGUGAAGCACAUGGAGGCCGCCAUCACUCGCUUUCACCAGGACAUCAACGUGUAUCCUCUGUGGCUGUGUCCGUUUGUACUCCCCCCCGGUCGGGGGAUGGUACAUCCCAAAGGCCAGGAGGAGGAGCUGUAUGUGGACAUCGGAGCGUAUGGAGAGCCCAAGGUCAAACACUUUCAGGCCAGAGCCUCCACAAGACAGCUGGAGCAGUUUGUCCGGGAGGUGCACGGUUUCCAAAUGCUGUACGCGGACGUGUACAUGGACCGCCAGGAAUUCUGGGAGAUGUUUGACGGGACGCUGUACCACCGGCUGAGGGAGGAGCUGGGCUGUAAGGAGGCGUUCCCUGAGGUCUACGACAAGAUCUGCAAGUCGGCACGACACUGACACCUACACUCCCCCCCCCCCCCCCCCCCCCCCCCCCCCCCUCAACCCCCAACCCUAAAUCUUACAUGAACCCUUCGCCUUACCUACAGGAAGAGGUUUGUCUCACAGCUGGUGUGCGUACCCAUGGUUACCACAUAUCUAGUCUGUAAAAUAACAAUAAAACCGAGCGAAUCAGCACUUAACCGUUCUCCUCUGCAAACCUGUUCCAGCUAGAAACACAUUUUGUAACAUUUCACAACACAGAGUAUUUUUGAUAGGUGCACCUAUGGCCCAGUGAAUUAGUUCAACUUCCCAGCAGCAGGAAGCUGACUAGUUUUACCCAGCAGGAGUACACUGCUUCUCUUCUAGCUCCAAACACAAUCCCCUAACUCCUCUCAAGCACCAGCUUCCAUGGUUCUGCAGCACCUGACGUUUUUUCUUUUUUUUCUGUCCUUGAUUCUACCCCUUCAUGGCAAAUUGAUGAAAGUACAAUUUCUUGAUUACUGUUGUAAUAUCAUCACAGUGGAUUAUGCGAUUCUGGAAUCCUUAUAUCCUCUUCUUUGUUUUAAAGAUUCUGUUCUGUGCGUAAGAGACUUCAGACAACCAAACAUCACUUAGGUGGCAAUGGUUGUGUCCUCUUACUUUACCUAAACCUCAAUCUCCAAAGUGCCACAUGUUUUGAAGUAUGUCUCACCCCCCUUUUAAGCCUUUACCUAAGAAAAACAAAGCCCUAUUGAGUAGAAGGAGUAUAUUUUCAUGAAUGGUUGAGAGUCUGGAGGUGUGUUCUUGCCUGGGUAAGGGACCACUCAAAGGGGCCACCCCUGUUAAAUACUUUCUGUGUUUAUGACUUUGUUGGUGUGUGUGUGUGUAUAAAUAAAGCUAAAUCUUAAAAUGACA